AUGUUGAACGCCAGUUACAGCUACGAGAGCGGAGAGAGUAGCGCUGCGUAUGAGCACAACAGCCAACGCAGCGAAGAACCACCCCCGGCUGUGGAAUCCAUGAUGGAGUCGGCUCGACUGAGUGAUAAGCGGUUGCACGAAGUGGCUGCUGCAGCAGUUUCCAGCGUCAACUGGGGCGAACUCGACAUGGAAUUGGCGGCAGCGAGUCUCAGUGAAAAGCACGAAAGCGUCUGGAAGCGAAAGAAAUCUCCGCGAGGCUAUGCGAACAGCGACGCUAUGAAGCUUUUCACUCGUCUCACAGUUCGUGAUCGUCGACAUCAAACGCGUUGGGGUCCAAAGGGGUUCGCUGUUCUAGCUGAGGGAACAUUGCCCUGUACUGUACAGGAAAUGCGUCUUGUGUUUCGUGUUGCUUCCACCGACAUGUUCCGUGAUAUGAUGCGCUGUAUUUACCGUCGAGAAUUUGUCGAGGGCGAGCAGUUGCGCACGAUAAGGAUCCAGCGAAGUGCUGGCAAUCCUGCGAGAGCAUUCGAGAACAGAGAGUUGUCCGUCAAGACUGCGACUUUCGAGAGCGGGGGCCUGUUCUCCAAGAACGAGUCGUGGUGUUUCUUGGAGUUGCUGCACCCUCGAGACCGAGCAAAAGAAGAGCAGUCAACAAGAAGGACAGCUUCAUCCACUGCGAGUGCUAUCAGUGCCACGCCUCCGCCAUCUUUCACACGAACGCUCGUGUCUAUCGCACGUUCCAGCGUCGUGUUGGACAACGCCCUAGCACCACCGCCACGUUCAACACCGCAUGUACCAAAUGUCGUCAUCAAUUACUCGUUCGAGGAAGAUCCCAGCGGUCGAGCCACACGCGUGGUUUUCCACGGCGAGUACUUGCCCCCUGACGCUCUCGACGCAUUUAAACGCGCAGGCCACGAACGACGUCUAGCACGUCUCUGGUUGCUUCGUCUGGCAGCCAGUUGCCACCGAUUCCUCUUGGUUGUACGACGUCGUCGUCUUGGAAUGCAAGUCAUCAUUAACAGCACGCGUCUUCCACUCGAGACUGUCGCUAAUGUUCCUCGUUGCGCUUGUUGUCGUCGCUCGUUCUCCACAUUCUUCAAGCGUACACGGAAACGCUUGUGCUACCCCAUGGAAGCUAUCAUCCCACCGAUCCCAUCGAACGAGUAUAAGCGGCUAGAACUCAUCCGUCAGCAGCAGCUGAACGAGCUUGGUGACGUACCUGAACUUGGUAUCAUCUGCUCGUUGGCGUCGAAGGAGCUUGCGUGUGCUGUCAGCAUGAUUACUGUCGUCGACAAGGCUCAGCUUCACGUGCUGGCCUCCACUCACCCGGCAGUACCUGGUGGUAUGUCGUACCCGAGAGAGCAGGGUUUCUGCGCUCAGACCAUCCUCGACCCCCAUCCUCUCGUAUCUCGCCAUGUUCAGGCCGAUGUGCGCUUCAGUGCCUUGUCGAGUGUCCGCAAGAUGGGAAUAAACUUCUACUGCGGCUUCCCGUUAAUGGGGCCAGACGGCAAGACGGUCAUCGGCUCCGUGUGUUGUGCCGACCCGCAAGCUCGUGACCUCACGCGAUCGCAGUACGCUGCAAUGAGCAGUUUAGCCAGCACGGCUUCCCGUGUUGUUCAACGAGCUGCUGAGCGUCGAGCAGUACGUGAAGGCUCCGCUGAUGUCUAA